AUGUAUAGUCACAAGAACAUGAGGCCAUGGAGGAUGCUUCAGUCUGCUGAGGGCAUUGUUGAAGGCUUGGCUCUGCUCGACUUGGGAGUCUCACCGUACUCUGGAGAUGUUUUCCAUGAGACUCCUCUCAUCAUUUACUUCUUUCACUUUUUGGUGGACUAUGCUGAGAUAACAUUUAUGUUGGCGGAUGUGAUCACUGCUGUGGCUCUGUACAUGGCCGUGAAGGACUACAACAAACAAGUGUUCAGAAAGCAGAAAUAUGCCCUGGAGGCAGACCGCUACCCUCUGGACUGCCUGGAGCUCAUCAGGAGUCCCAAAGAGAUGUACUACAUCCCUCUGAAAGUAGCCAUGUUUUACCUAUUGAACCCGUUCACCAUCCUGUCCUGCGUUGCCAAGUCUACCUGUGGCCUGAACAACGCUGUCAUCGCCCUCUUCGUCCUCUCUACAAUCAAAGGAAAUGUUUUGCUGAGCGCUGUGUUUCUGUCCUUGGCCACGUAUCAGUCCAUCUAUCCCCUCACUCUGUGCGCUGCAGCGCUGCUCUAUUUGAUGCAGCGUCAGUACAUCCCGGUGAACUACCGGCGGGCCAGCUUCUGGUGGUUCAUAGCCCAGUAUGGCUUCAUGUACCUGGGCAGCCUGUUCGUCAUCGUCUGCCUCUCCUUCUUCCUGCUCGGCUCGUGGGACUACCUGCCGUCUGUCUACGGAUUCAUUCUUUCCGUACCAGACCUGACCCCGAACAUUGGUCUCUUCUGGUAUUUCUUCGCUGAGAUGUUUGAACACUUCCGCCUCUUCUUCCUCUGCGUCUUCCAGAUCAACGUCUUCUUCUACACCAUCCCCCUGUCCAUCAAACUCAAAGACCAUCCCGUGUUUCUGAUCUUCAUGCAGUUAGCUGUGAUCUCCAUCUUUAAGUCCUACCCCACUGUUGGAGACAUCGCUCUCUACCUGGCCUUCCUUCCUGUCUGGAGUCACCUGCACAGAUUCUUGAGGAACAUCUUCUUGGUGUCCUGCGUCCUGCUCGCCUGCUCCGCUCUGUUUCCUGUCCUCUGGCACCUCUGGAUCUACGCCGGCAGCGCCAACUCCAACUUCUACUACGCCAUCACACUGCUGUUCAACGUGGCGCAGAUUCUGCUGGUGUCGGAUUAUUUCUACGCCUUCUUGAGGAGAGAACAUCAUCUCACCUACGGAUUGUAUCUGAAGAGAAAAGACGGCUCAGAGGCUACACUCGUUCUUAAAUAAACACACACACACAGACACACACACACACACACACACACACACAUCACCAACUGGCUGGCAGCCGCAACGAGCAAAAGAGAGACUGCUCGAGGUCUCAAUUCACCUCAAAGGGAACAAACACAAAGUGAGGAGGAUAAAGACUUUGAGAGCCACACUGGUCCUCAGACAGGACGUUAACACACACACACGCAGUAAGUGUUUCUGGGACUACUUGAUAUACAAAGAAGUCACAACAUACUACAUGACAGACACAUGCUGACAUGGGAUGUAGAAAUCUUGGUCGUGCCACGUGAGACAAAC